CCUUGCUGGCUCUCGGCGCUCAGGUGUCGGCCUUCUCCCGGAAUCCCCGAGCCCUUUACCUUCCCGUGUGUCAGCGGUCACCCCCACGUGGCACAUGCCUAGGUUGGGGGCCAGGAGCUCUGACCCUUCCCCAGAAGAUCCCCUGUCCUCUUGGCUCCUGGGUCCUGUCCUGUCGACAGCGUGCCCUCCAGUCCUCAGGCAGGAAGGGGUGUGGGCUGGGUGAGAAUAACAGCAGUGCCAGCAGGAGGCCGGGAAUAAGAAGCGGGCUGUGACCUUAGGGGUGUGACCUCCGCACCCCCAUAUUCUCCUCAGGUGUUUGUCUGGAACAGAUCGUGGCCCCUUUCCACGCACUCCUGAUGCCUCAUUGGCCUCUGGCCUCUUUUCGACCAUGGGGGCUGAGGCCCUCAGGGAGCCUCCCCAGGUCCCAUCCCCUUUCCACCCCGGCAGAGCCCUAUGGAUCUCCCAUCUCCCGGAGGAACCGGGAAGCCAAACAGAAACGCCUGCGAGAGAAGCAGGCCGCGCUGGAGGCUGGGUUAGCGCAGAACAAGCCACCUGCAGAAUCCAGUCAGGCUUGGACUCCUAAAGAAAUAGUGUUGUAUGAAAUCCCUACGAAGCUUGGUGAAAAGAAAGAUGUCUCCGUACGCCUGCCUCCUGCUUACAGCCCCCGAUAUGUUGAGGCGGCCUGGUACCCUUGGUGGGUACGAGAGGGCUUCUUCAAACCUGAAUAUCAGACCAGGCUGCCCCAGAGCACAGGGGAGACCUUUUCCAUGUGUAUCCCACCUCCCAAUGUCACUGGCUCCCUACACAUCGGGCAUGCACUGACGGUGGCCAUCCAGGAUGCUCUCGUGCGCUGGCACCGGAUGCGUGGGGAUCAGGUGCUGUGGGUCCCUGGCUCAGAUCAUGCAGGAAUUGCCACCCAAGCUGUGGUGGAGAAGCAGCUGUGGAAGGAGCGAGGCGUGAGGAGGCAUGAACUGAGCCGGGAAGACUUCCUCCAGGAAGUGUGGAAGUGGAAGGAGGAGAAGGGUGGAGAGAUCUGUGAGCAGCUCCGAGCUCUGGGGGCCUCCCUGGACUGGGACCGUGAGUGCUUUACUAUGGACGCUGGUUCCUCAGUGGCUGUGACCGAAGCUUUCGUGCGACUCCACAAGGCAGGGCUGUUGUACCGCAACCAGCAGCUUGUCAACUGGUCUUGUGCUUUGAGAUCAGCCAUUUCGGACAUUGAGGUGGAAAGUCGGUCCCUGCCUGGCCCCACAAAGCUGCGGUUACCUGGCUGCCCCACCCCUGUGUCUUUCGGUCUUCUCGUCUCUGUGGCCUUUCCUGUGGAUGGAGAGCCUGCAGAGGUUGUGGUAGGAACCACGAGGCCAGAGACGUUGCCUGGAGACGUGGCAGUGGCCGUUCAUCCCGACGAUGCCCGAUACACACAUCUACAUGGGCGACACCUUCGUCACCCCUUGACAGGGCAGCUUCUCCCCCUCAUCACAGACUCUGCUAUCCAGCCACACAUGGGCACCGGGGCAGUGAAGGUGACUCCAGCUCACAGCCCUGCUGACGCCGAGCUGGGGGCCCGACACGGCUUGAGCCCCUUGAGUGUCAUCGCGGAGGAUGGGACCAUGACCUCCCUCUGUGGGGACUGGCUGCAGGGUCUUCACCGAUUUGUGGCCCGGGAAAAGAUUCUGUCUGCACUGAGGGAGCGGGGCCUGUUCCGGGGUCUCCAGAGCCACCCCAUGGUGCUGCCCAUUUGCAGCCGUUCCGGGGACGUGGUGGAGUACCUACUGAAGAGCCAGUGGUUCGUCCGCUGCCAGAAGAUGGGGGACCAAGCUGCCCAGGCUGUGGAGUCGGGGGCCCUGGAGCUCCAUCCCUCUUUCCACCAGAAGAACUGGCGGCUCUGGUUCUCCCGCAUUGGGGACUGGUGUGUUUCUCGGCAGCUGUGGUGGGGCCAUCGGAUUCCAGCCUACCAGCUUGUAGGGGAGCCUGUGAAGGGAGACGGAGAGGCCUGCUGGGUGGUGGGACGGACAGAGGCUGAGGCCAGGGAAGUAGCUGCAGAGCUGACAGGGAGGCCAGGGGCAGAGCUGACCCUGGAGCAAGACCCUGAUGUCCUGGACACGUGGUUCUCUUCCGCCCUUUUCCCCUUUUCUGCCCUGGGCUGGCCACAGCAGACCACAGACCUCACUCGGUUCUACCCUUUGUCACUUCUGGAGACUGGCAGUGACCUCCUGCUGUUCUGGGUGGGCCGCAUGAUCAUGUUGGGGACCCAGCUCACAGGGCAGCUCCCCUUUAACAAGGUGCUUCUUCAUUCCAUGGUGCGGGACGGGCAGGGCCGGAAGAUGAGCAAGUCCCUGGGGAAUGUGCUGGACCCACGGGACAUCAUCAGAGGGGCGGAGCUGCAGGUGCUACAGGAGAAGCUGAAGGAUGGGAACUUGGAACCUACGGAGCUGGCAAUCGCUGCUGCAGCUCAGAGAAAGGACUUCCCUCACGGUAUCCCCGAGUGUGGGACAGAUGCUCUGCGGUUUGCCCUGUGUACCCAUGGGGCCCUGGCAGGUGACUUGCACCUGUCUGUCUCUGAGGUCCUGAGCUCCCGACAUUUCUGCAACAAGAUCUGGAACGCUCUGCGCUUUACCCUCAAUGUUCUAGGGGAGAAAUUUGUGCCCCAGCCUGUGGAGGAGCUGUCCCCUUCGUCCCCCAUGGAUGCCUGGAUCCUGAGCCGCCUGGCCCGAACUGCCCGAGAGUGUGAACGAGGCUUCCUCACCCGGGAGCUCCCCCUCGCGACCCACGCCCUGCACCACUUUUGGCUGCACAGCCUCUGUGAUGUCUACCUGGAGGCUGUGAAGCCGGGGCUGUCCCACUGCCCCCGCCCCCCUGGGCCUCCUCAAGUGCUGCUCUUCUCUGUGGAUGUGGGCCUCCGCCUCCUCGCCCCAUUCAUGCCCUUCCUGGCAGAGGAACUGUGGCAGAGACUGCCCCCCAGGCCAGGUGGUGCCCCCACCCCCAGCAUCUGUGUUGCCCCCUACCCCAGUGCCCAAAGCUUGGAGCGCUGGCACCAGCCUGAGCUGGAGCAGCGCUUUUCCCGGGUCCAGGAGGCCGUGCAGGCGCUGAGGGCUCUCCGAGCCACAUACCAGCUCACCAAGGUGCGGCCUCGAGUGCUGCUGCAGUGCUCAGAGCCUGGAGGGCAGAGCAUCUUUGAGGCCUUCCUGGAGCCCCUGGGCACCCUGAGCCAUUGCGGGGCUGUGGGCCUCUUACCUGCAGGCGCAGCCGCUCCCUCUGGCUGGGCCCAGACCCCACUCAGUGACACCGUCCAGGUCUACAUGGAGCUGCAGGGCCUGGUGGAUCCCCAGGCCCACCUGCCUCUGCUGGCUGCCCGAAGACACAAAUUGCAGAAGCAGCUCGAUGGCCUCAUAGCCCGGACCCCAUCAGAGGGAGAGGCAGAGACUCACAGACAGCAGAAGCUUUCUUCCCUCCAACUGGAAUUGUCGAAACUAGACAAGGCGGCCUCUCACCUCCAGCAGCUGAUGGAUGGGUCUCUAGCCCCAGGGAGCCCUGAGCCCUCACACACUGUCCCUGGCAGUUCUCCGCCCUCCCAGGCCUGCCUUUGAGGACAAGUUGGUCCUGCAGCUGCUGGCAAGAUCGGACCUCAGAGACCACCUGGUUCACUUCCCUCAUUUAUGGGGACAGACUGCCUUGGUCACAGAGAUGCUGACAUGGCCGCCCCAGCUCCCCUUGGCGCAGCCCCACCGGAAAGUUUAGGCAUGAGGAAAUUCAGAUAAACUUAAAACUCUCAAAUG